GUGAUGCGGCGACGUUUUAACAGCCUGCCUUGUUUUGCUUUGCAAGAGCAAACGAAGGCCAGAACCGAAGGUAUUUUUUUUCUACGAAAAAUACCAGCAUCGCUAAGCUUUCUCGUUGCUGAAUCUCUCCCUUUGUCACAAGUUUUGGUAGAUCUAAUAAGAUCAAGUCGAUCCAAACAUGUUUCUCACCAGGACUGAGUAUGACCGUGGAGUGAACACAUUUUCUCCGGAAGGGAGAUUGUUCCAGGUGGAAUAUGCUAUUGAGGCCAUCAAGCUGGGUUCAACUGCAAUUGGGUUGAAGACAAAAGAAGGUGUCGUUCUGGCUGUUGAGAAGCGUAUUACUUCACCACUGUUGGAACCCAGCAGCGUUGAGAAGAUUAUGGAAAUUGAUGAGCAUAUAGGAUGUGCUAUGAGUGGGUUGAUUGCUGAUGCCCGUACACUUGUUGAACAUGCACGAGUUGAGACUCAGAACCACAGAUUCUCAUAUGGUGAGCCAAUGACAGUAGAAUCCACAACACAAGCUCUUUGUGAUCUGGCCCUUCGAUUUGGUGAAGGAGAUGAAGAAUCGAUGUCCCGACCGUUUGGUGUAUCACUUCUCAUUGCUGGUCAUGAUGAGAACGGGCCUAGCUUAUACUAUACUGAUCCAUCUGGCACAUUUUGGCAAUGCAAUGCAAAAGCUAUAGGCUCUGGUUCUGAAGGUGCAGAUAGCUCUUUGCAAGAGCAAUACAACAAGGACCUAACUCUUCAAGAAGCUGAAACAAUUGCUCUGUCCAUUUUAAAGCAAGUAAUGGAAGAAAAGGUGACUCCCAACAAUGUUGAUAUUGCCAAAGUAGCACCGACAUACCAUCUGUACACCCCUUCAGAGGUGGAAGCAGUCAUCAGUCGGCUAUGAGAGAAAUGCUUUGUUAUAAACUAUCAUCCCAUGCAGCAUGAGUUAAGGGGAUUCAAACUGUGAACCCUUAUUUUUUGGUGUCGUGCAAAAUUCCCGUACGUCUUCACUCGGAUAUUUUAGUUACACCUCAUCAGGAAAAGGAACCUUUGAUUUUGGAUUUAGUUUGCAUGUGGGUUGCCUCCUCAUUGCUCGCAUUUGUGAAAUAACAAGAAUGAUUAGUAUAGACUAAUAUAUUUUCUAAUUAUCUAAA